AUGUUACGCAACGAUAAGCGCUUUCCCUGUCCUGAUUGUCAUAAGACGUUUGCAACCCAAGUAGAUCUUAAAGCACACCUAAUGAGACAUAUCACACAACAUCCAUAUGUUUGUUUUGCCUGUGGAAAAGGUUUCAAAUAUGACCAUACAUUGGAUUUCCAUAUUAAAAGUCAACAUGGAGCCGAGAAUGGAACUGGUAAUACAAGUACCGGAUCUAGUGGUAAAAAUGAGUCAUUUAACUUGAAAUCUUUGAAUCGAAAAAGUUGUAAGAUGAAACGAGAAAUGGUAGACGAUAAAUCUGGUUCUAGUGUUAUAAGUGGAGUUGGAUUAUUUGGUAUUGGCUCUGGAACUGGUACACUUUCUGGUUCUGGUUCUGGUUCUGGUAUUGGUACAGGAUUGGAUAAUCAAAACAAUAAUCGUGCUUUGAAUAAUAGUAGCAGUAUUGGUGAGAGAAACAAACAACAACGUAGGGAUCAACCACUUAUUGGUAGACUGAGAGAAAUGGACGAUCCAAUUGGAAAUACUAAUGUGAAGCAUAAUAAAAAUAACAAGGCUCGUGAAAAUUGUGAUGAUCAAAGUUUUAACGAUGGUAUUUCUAGUGAUAUUAUUUCUCAACAUCAACAACACCACAAUCAACACAACCAACCACAACAUGUUCUUACAAAUAACCCUCUCCAAAUACCUGGUUCAUUAAUUGAAUCAAACAGUAUUCUGAAUGGAUUAAAAUUUCCUAUUUCACUUAGUUCCUAUCCAUCAUGUACAACUACAGCCUCACAUACAUCUACACUUAAUUCAAUACCCAUCAUCUUUGUUAACAUCGUCAACAAAUCCAACAAAUCUAUAGCUAAAACAACAACACCAAUAACAACAAGUACUGCAAAUAAAGAAAAAAUGUCAUCAAUAGCUGCUAAUACUUCAAAUUUAGCAUCAAAUUUGCCAUUAAUUGAUUUCGGUUUACAGGGUGAUUUAUCUCCAAGAAAUUUACAAAUUAAAUCAGAGAAAGUUUUGAUAUCUGUUUUAGAAGGUGUUCAUCCAGUUAACGAGCAAACUUAUUCAUUGUACAAAUGUUGUUUAUGUGGUUUUGCUUUUCCAAGUCUCGAACCUGUCAGUAUUCAUAUUCAGUCAUUACAUUCAAACAAUUUAAAUUUAACUUGUGAUAAAUGUGGCGCAACAUUUAAAUGGAAAAGUGAAUUACAAUUACAUGAACAAUUACACAAAGCAAUGGAUCAGUCUGUGAAUAAUUUUAUUCUUAAUAAUGGUGAAGAAAUUGAUAGCAAUAAUAAUAAUAAUAAUAAUAGUAACAGUAAUGGUAACAACAUCAACAACAACAUUAAAAAUCAAAAUAAUGUUAAUAAUAUCAAAAGCAAAUCUCAACUACAGAAUCAUCAUUCACUACAAAAUCAACUUAAACAAGAUCAUAACCAUCCACAUUUACAAAAACAAUUACAACUCCAACUACAACAACUUCAACAACACCAACAUCAACAGCAAUCACAACAAUCGUCUCGUUCAUUGAUUAUGCCAUCAUUUUUGCAACCAAAUUUAGUUUUUAUGAACCAAUAUUUAAAUAGUGAUGAUCAUAAAAUUGGUAAUGAUAAUGAUGAUAUCCGACGGAGAAGUAACAUUGGAAUUGAAGAAGAAGACGAAGGACAUGAAGGAAUGAAUCAAGAAGACGCAGAUGAAGAAUCGAAAUGUGAUCAAGAUGAAAAUAUUGAUGAAGAUGAUGGUCAAGGAUUGAAUUUAAGUUUAAAACCGCAAUAUAAAACAAAAGUUGAAGAUGUUAACCCGAGUUAUGAUAAAAAUAAUAGUAUGAUGAUGUCUAUGAUGAUGAUGAGAAACAAGAAUAAUAAUAUGAAAUUAAACAACAAUAUAAAUAAUGAGAAUGAUGAAAAUAAUAACAAUGGUCAUGAUAGGAUGACAUCAAUGGAUGAACCAAUUGAUUUAAAAAUUGAAUCAUUUUCAGAUUCAAAUAAUAACAACAUCAAUAAUUUGGGAAAUAACAUUAUUUCAAAUUCAUUGAAUUUUCUACAUUCAUCAUCAUCAUCA